AUGUUGUUCCUCUUCUCCGCAGACCUGGGGCUGAAUCUCCUAGAGGGCGACAUUAAAGUUAACAAGGCAUCCCACAGAAGGAAGGUUGGGUUUGGCCUGUGGCCAAAGACCAUCCCAUACUACAUGGAGAAUAAUCUAGAACUGGGUAUCAAAGGUCUUAUCAUGAAAGCUUUUGAACAGUACCGUCUGAAAACCUGCAUUGAUUUUAAACCUUGGGCAGGAGAGAGAAACUACAUCUCAUUUCAAGAUAGUGAUGGGUGCUGGUCCUUCAUUGGCAACCAACAAAGAGGGAAACAGAAUGUGUCACUUCAGCUGAGCUGUAACGAGAUUGGCAUCGUAGAGCACGAGAUCCUUCAUUUCCUGGGAAUGAUUCACGAGCAAUCCAGAGAUGAUCGUGACGACUACAUCACAGUCAUUUGGGAUCAAAUUCAAACUGACAAAGUCCAUAAUUUCAACAAAUUCAGUGCAACACUUAUGUCUAAGCUGAACGUACCGUAUGACUACAUGUCUGUGAUGCAUUAUGGUGGCACCGCAUAUUCCAAAGACAAUAACCUCACCAUACUCACCAAAAUCCCGGAAUUCAACAUGUUGAUCGGGCAACGCAUGGAACUCAGUGAUCAGGAUGUUCAGAAAGUCAAUCAACUGUACAACUGCACCUCUUCGCUCACCUUUUUAGACAGUUGUGAUUUUGAAGAGCCAAACAUUUGCAGCAUGCGUGAGACCAACUACAACAAAGGGAACAAGUGUAACGGUUUUGGCAACUUCAUGUAUUUCGACACCAGCACAGGGAACAUAGGAGAUCGAGGCUUUUUGAAAACCAGGACAUAUCUCCCGAAGAGAACAUUUCAGUGCUUGCAAUUCUACUAUUACAAAAAUGGGAGUGAAGAGGAUCAGCUGAACGUUUGGGUCAAAAUAUAUGACAAGAUUAACAGACGUGUUAACUCAACAAACGUCCAAACUAUUGGAGGCACAGAGUUCGGCUUUUGGCAGCUUCACCACAUCAGCCUGAACGCCACCAGACCAUUCCGCAUCGUCUUCGAAGGAGUGAAAGGCAGCAACAAUUCGAGCGGAGGCAUCUCCAUCGACAAUGUGAACCUGUCAGAAACCAAGUGCCCCACCCACAUGUGGCACAUCACAGAUUUCAACAGACUAUUGAGAACGAGCCCCUCAGGGAAAGACGGAAGAAUCUUUAGUCCCAAAUAUUACUCCAGCGAUGGAUAUGCUUUUCAAAUUGUGCUGUUUGUGAACGGUACAAAGCAUAUCCCGUAUCACCUCUCUGUCUUUCUGUUUCUAAUCAGCGGACUUUACGAUAACAGCCUGCAAUGGCCUUGUCCUUGGAAGCAAGUCACCAUAUCUCUCAUGGACCAGCAUCCAGAUAUCCGACACCGUAUGUCUAACCAACGCAGCAUUAUUAUGGAUCCCGAGGAUGUCAUAGACACAGGUAAUCAAACAUUCGCGAGAUGGGAUAGACCGGAUAAAGUAGGAACACGGAUAAAGGGCCCUGAUGGCAUUGAAUAUCGCAUUGGGGAAGGAAAAGGGUCAUCGAUGUACAUAUCCCACCAGAGACUGAGAAGCAGAGACUUUAUUAAGGAAGGCAAUGUUUUUUUCCUUUUAACCUGGGAAGACAUAUCGCACCUUUUAACAUAUCAAUCCAAACCCUCACCACCUACACCCACCGUGCCUCCAGGCUCCAAACCAAAUGUUUCUGUGUUGUGCGUUGAUUUUGAAUGUCAGAACGGUGGUGUCUGCAUUGUGGCAAAUGGGAAACCUGUUUGCAGGUGCCCAGCGGGCAAUGGUUGGUGGUUUUCGGGCAAAUACUGUAAUAUGUACGGGAAGAAAGAGGACGCCAUUAUAAUGGCAGUGUCCUCAGCCUUUACUGUGUUCAUACUAAUGGUGGUGUGCACACUGGUCAUCAGCCUCUCCCUAAAGCAGAAAUACCAGAAGGAAAUGAGAAAAAAUAAACAAGGAAAAAUAUUUAUAAAUGUGAGUAUUUACAACUUUAUUCGUCAAAUAUUUGGAGUCCAGCAGCAUAUUGGUUAG